ACUUUUAAUUACGAUAAUUAUGGCGCGACGACACAGACAUAUGAUUGCUUAUAGAAUAUUAUUCGUCAUAGUAAUACCUGCUAUGUAUUUUCUUUGCGUAAGUAUCGCUGGAUAUAAUUCCAAGGAUCCAACAUCAUUGACCGGUUAUAACAAAAUUCAUCCACGAAGACUCUUGCAAACGGUUGGAAACGUACAACAGGAAAUAAUAGAAGAAAAUUGUACAGCACCGGCCAUUGACGAAUUCCCAUCAGAUGGAUUUACUCGAGUAGAACGACAAUCGGGUUUCAUAGCAAUUCAUUUCGCCAUAGCUAUUUAUCUCUUUUUACUUCUUGCUAUCGUCUGCGAUGAUUUCUUCGUACCAUCGAUAAAGAAAAUAUGUGAGAAGAUGAAAUUGAGCGAGGACGUAGCCGGUGCAACUAUUAUGGCAGCAGCUAGCUCAAGUCCAGAAUUAUUCAUCAAUGUUGUUGGAACUUUCAUAACUGAAGGGGAUUUAGGUGUAGGCACGAUUGUUGGUUCCGCUGUGUUCAAUAUACUUGCAGUACCAGCUUGUUGUGGAUUAUUUGCUAAACAGGCAUUACAACUAGAAUGGUGGCCCAUAACACGCGACACAUUGGCAUAUGCUUUCACUGUACUUUUAUUGAUCAUAACACUUCGAAACGGUCGUGUCGAGUGGUACGAAGGCUUGAUUCUCAUUUUAUUUUAUAUCCUUUACAUUUCGGCCAUGUGUUUCGACGGAAGAAUCGGUGGAUAUCUAAAACGUGUCACGUCAAGGAGGAAACCGUAUAAAAACAUUUCCGAAAAUAGUCCACUACUUCCUUCUAACAUACAUACGAAAAACGUCGACAUCGAGAGUUUCGGUACGAGCGAAGAGGAAGAAGCACUUGAAAUCGUAAGUAUGACAAGUUGGCCGAGCUCGAAUGGCGAAAAAAUAUGGUGGCUAUUAACAUGGCCCAUCAAUCUGGUACUGCUCGUUACCAUUCCAGAUUGCAGGAGACCCAAAUUAAGAUCAUGGUAUCCUCUUACAUUCAUAAUGUGCAUUUUAUGGAUCGCUAGUACGUCUUACGUGGUGGGAUGGGUGAUUACGAUUAUUGGUGAUACAUUCAACAUUCCUGACUCGAUAAUGGGAUUGACUUUCCUCGCCGCUGGAAUGAGCGUGCCCGAAGCUGUGUCUAGCGUUAUUGUAACAAAUCAAGAUAUGUUUAUUAUUUUUAAAGGUCUCGGAUCAAUGGGAAUAAGUAAUUCAAUAGGUUCAAACGUAUUCGACGUGUUACUUUGCUUAGGAUUACCAUGGUUUGUGAAGAGUGCCAUAAUGCCAACUAUUCCAGGAGAACAUAGCGUUAAAAUUAAUUCACAAGGUCUCGUUUAUAGUUCUGUAUCUUUGUUCUCAACAUUAUUCGUCUUAUACGUCUCACUCGCGUGUAAUAAAUUUAAAUUAAAUCGUGGUAUAGGUAUAACAUGUCUUAUAACAUAUGCCAUAUUUUUAGUAUUCGCAUCGGUCAUAGAACUUAAUAUCUUUUUCGUCGUCAAUUUACCUAUAUGCAAACACUGACGAUAACUAUCGUGUGCGCGCGAGUUUCUUUCUAUCUUUCUUUUUGUUUUAUUUCUAUCUCUCUUUACGCGUGCACGCUUCUUAUGCAAAGGCAAAGUAAUUUAAAGUACAUAUGUAUGUAUUAAAUACAAACGAUUCGAUGGUGCUAGUCAAUUAUUUGUAACAUGUCCAUUUAGUACAUUACGAUUCGUUAUUUUUAAAUUAACAUGAAUCUGAAUGUAUUUUUUAUUAAGUAAUUCCUUUUAUUUUUUAAUCAAACGUAUACUUGUUAGUAAUUUUCACACUAACAAUAAGUACUUAAAGAAGAGUGUAUAUAUAUACAUAUAUAUAUAUACACAUGAAAGUGUAAAUAUAUGAUAUAUAUAUAUAUGGUAUUUUAUUUACCUUUUACAUAAUAAAGAACAUUAAAGAAAGAUAUUAAAUUUGAAAAGGAAGUGCUCAUUCAUCACACAUAGUUCGGUGUUAAUAUUCUUAUUGGAUUGUCAAACGGUGACAAUGAUUCUCAAAAGAGAAUACAAUUAAAUGUAGAUCUGG